AUGAAAGCUUUUGAAGAUCAUGCCCGCAACACAGGUGAACAGAUAUCACAUCCUCUGAUGAAAGAACUACUAGCAGGAUUUGCUUCCGCUGAAGUAGACAAACUCUUCGAAAUAAGGCGACUUGAUUUUCUUGAUCGUGAAAGAGCAAAACAUCGUGCUAUACAACAAGCUCAUCAACUAGCUGAUGAAAAGUACGGACGGACUGAUACCUACAAUUGGCAAGGAGAUCAAUAUUAUGCAAGUGAACCUUGUGGUUAUGGAGGCCCUCCAUAUAGUAGUGGUCCUCCUCAUAAUGGUGCUCCUGACCCCUAUGGUGGUCCUGCUCCUUAUGGAAGUCUAGGUCCCUAUAGUGGUAACGAAUAUCACCAUCAUCAUCGACCGAAUUAA